ACCGUCGGCCGCGCCCACUGAGCAUGUGCGGACGGCGCCGCGCAUGCGCCGUCGCGCCCCCGGUUCGGUUUCUGUUGCGGGAGCCGCCGUGUCUCCUAGCGCCACCGGAACUAGCCGUCGCGGGGCCGACCUCCCUCAGCUCGGGCGGCCUCGUACGGUCUCCGGGCCUCCCCGUCCCUCCUCAGCCCAAGCCCGCAACGGCGCCCGCGGUCAUGAGCGCCAAGCCGGCUGCGUCGCGUCCCCCGCGGUGGUGGCCGCGGCUGUGGCUGCUGUGGCUGCUGGUGCUGGGGGCCGCCCCGGGCCCGCGGCCGGCCGCCGCCUUCUACCUGCCGGGCCUGGCGCCCGUCAACUUCUGCGAGGAGGAGAAGAAGAGCGACGAGUGCAAGGCUGAUAUUGAACUGUUUGUGAAUAGACUUGACUCAGUGGAAUCUGUUCUUCCUUAUGAAUAUACAGCGUUUGAUUUUUGUCAAGCAUCAGAAGGAAAACGCCCAUCUGAAAAUCUUGGGCAAGUACUAUUUGGGGAAAGAAUUGAACCAUCACCAUAUAAGUUUACAUUCAAUAAGGGAGAGACCUGCAAACUCGUCUGUACUAAAACAUACCAUACAGAGAAAGCUGAAGACAAACAGAAAUUAGAAUUCUUGAAAAAAAGCAUGCUACUGAAUUACCAGCAUCACUGGAUUGUGGAUAAUAUGCCUGUGACAUGGUGUUACGAUGUCGAAGAUGGUCAGAGGUUCUGUAAUCCUGGGUUUCCUAUUGGCUGCUACAUCACAGAUAAAGGCAACGCCAAAGAUGCCUGUGUCAUUAGUUCAGACUUCCAUGAGAAAGAUACAUUUUAUAUCUUUAACCAUGUUGACAUCAAAAUAUACUAUCAUGUUGUUGAAACUGGAUCCAUGGGAGCAAGAUUAGUUGCUGCUAAACUUGAACCAAAAAGCUUCAAACAUACCCAUAUAGAUAAACCAGACUGCUCAGGGCCACCCAUGGAUAUCAGCAACAAAGCUUCAGGGGAGAUUAACAUCGCCUACACUUACACUAUUAGCUUUGAGGAAGAUAAAAAUAUCAGGUGGGCAUCGAGAUGGGAUUAUAUUCUGGAGUCUAUGCCUCAUACCCACAUUCAGUGGUUUAGCAUCAUGAAUUCCCUGGUCAUUGUCCUCUUCUUGUCUGGAAUGGUGGCUAUGAUUAUGUUACGGACCCUACACAAAGAUAUUGCCAGAUACAAUCAGAUGGAUUCUACAGAAGAUGCCCAGGAAGAAUUUGGCUGGAAGCUGGUUCAUGGUGAUAUCUUCCGUCCCCCAAGGAAAGGGAUGCUGCUCUCAGUCUUCCUCGGAUCGGGGACACAGAUUUUAAUUAUGACGUUUGUGACCCUGUUUUUCGCUUGCUUGGGAUUUCUGUCACCUGCCAACAGAGGAGCGUUGAUGACUUGCGCUGUGGUCCUGUGGGUUCUUCUGGGCACGCCUGCAGGCUAUGUUGCCGCCAGGUUCUAUAAAUCCUUUGGAGGUGAAAAGUGGAAAACGAAUGUUCUAUUAACAUCAUUUCUAUGUCCUGGGAUUGUAUUUGCUGACUUCUUCAUAAUGAAUCUGAUUCUUUGGGGAGAAGGAUCUUCAGCAGCUAUUCCUUUUGGGACACUGGUCGCCAUCUUAGCACUUUGGUUCUGCAUAUCUGUGCCUCUCACGUUCAUCGGUGCAUACUUCGGUUUUAAGAAGAAUGCCAUUGAACACCCAGUUCGGACCAAUCAGAUUCCACGUCAGAUUCCUGAACAGUCCUUCUACACAAAGCCCUUGCCGGGCAUCAUCAUGGGAGGGAUUUUGCCCUUUGGGUGCAUCUUUAUACAACUUUUCUUCAUUCUGAAUAGUAUUUGGUCGCACCAGAUGUAUUACAUGUUUGGCUUCCUGUUUCUGGUGUUUAUCAUUUUGGUCAUAACAUGUUCUGAAGCAACUAUACUUCUUUGUUACUUCCACCUGUGUGCAGAGGAUUAUCACUGGCAGUGGCGUUCAUUCCUCACCAGUGGCUUCACUGCAGUUUACUUCUUAGUUUAUGCGAUACAUUACUUCUUUUCCAAACUACAGAUCACAGGAACAGCAAGUACAAUCUUAUACUUCGGCUAUACCAUGAUAAUGGUUUUGAUCUUCUUUCUUUUUACAGGAACAAUUGGCUUCUUUGCAUGCUUUUGGUUUGUCACCAAAAUAUACAGUGUGGUGAAGGUUGACUGAAGAAUCCCCAUGUGUCCAGAUAAAACAGAAAUAAAUUAAAUUCUUCAUCAACAAAGAGCUGUUUUUGUGACUACCUUGAGUUUUAUCAGACUUUAUUGGCCUAGGAUCUAAAUACACCUCUUCCCAGACACCUGUCCCUACAAAAUGUGUUUUCAACACUAAAACAUUUGUAUUGUGAUUUGAUCAAGUAUAUAUUCAGUUGUUCUCAGUGAAGAGCAAAUUUAAAUAUUAUGUGCAUUUGUAAAUACAAUAGCUAUACAGUUUUCAAUAUUUCUAACGGCAGAUAAAGUGAGGCCAUAUUAAAUAGUGCUGGGGAAAUGCAGGACAGUUCAUUUGUAAAUAGGAUUUUCUAGGCUCGGGAGGCAGAAAGAAUUAUUUUUCUUUGAGAGAAAUAACUUUUUAUCAUGGUAAUUUUGAAGAAUGAUUCAUAUGAUAUGUUUAUGGGGAGUGGCUUUUAAAAAAUCUUGUAUUGGUUGUAACUUCAUAUUUUCUUUUCUGUGUUGACUUCAUUAUUCUCAUGGUAUUGGCCUUUUAAACUAUGUGCCUCUGAGUCUUUCGAUUUAUAAAUUUGUUAUCUUAAUAAAUACUGUAAAAAUGUC